ACUGAGUUCUUUGUAAACUGAGCCGAGGAGCUAGACAGCUUGCUUCUUCUCUGCGGCUGACUUCAGGGGAGCUCCACUAUUGUGUCCUUCCUCCCCUUGUGAUUGGGAGUGGGGAGGACUGUGUGCAUGAGGCUUCUGCUUAGCUAAUGAAUGCUGUUUCCUUUGCUUCUUGAUCGCAGGAAGGAGGAAACCAUGGCUCUGGACGGUAUACGGAUGCCAGAUGGCUGCUAUGCGGAUGGGACGUGGGAGCUGAACGUCCAUGUCACGGACCUGAACAGGGAUGUCACUCUGAGGGUCACGGGGGAAGUCCACAUCGGGGGUGUCAUGCUGAAGCUGGUGGAAAAGCUUGAUGUCAAAAAAGAUUGGUCUGACCAUGCCUUGUGGUGGGAAAAGAAGAAAACCUGGCUCCUUAAAACCCACUGGACCUUGGAUAAGUAUGGGAUACAGGCCGAUGCCAAGCUGCAGUUCACUCCCCAGCACAAACUGCUCCGGCUCCAGCUCCCGAACAUGAAGUACGUGAAGGUGAAAGUGAACUUCUCUGACAGAGUCUUCAAAGCUGUAUCUGACAUCUGCAAAACCUUCAACAUCAGACAUCCAGAAGAGCUGUCUCUCUUAAGGAAGCCCAGAGAUCCCACCAAGAAGAAAAAGAAAAAACUGGAUGACCAGUAUGAAGAUGAGACUCUUGAGCUUGAAGGACCAUUAAUUACCCCUGGAUCAGGCUCUGAUGUUCUUUACAUCGGACCCGUGAAAGGGAGCAUUUAUUCAAGCCCAGGACUUUAUAGCAAAACCAUGACGCCAACUUACGAUUCUCACGAUGGAAGCCCUUUAUCACCAACUUCAGCGUGGUUUGGAGAUAGCGCUUUAUCAGAAGGGAACCCGGGUAUUCUUGCCGUCAGCCAGCCAAUCACCUCUCCAGAAAUUCUGGCAAAAAUGUAUAAGCCGCAGACGCUUCUGGAUAAAGCCAAGAUCAACCAAGGGUGGUUGGACUCUUCGAGGUCCCUGAUGGAGCAAGAUGUGAAAGAGAAUGAAGCCUUACUUCUCCGGUUCAAGUACUACAGCUUCUUCGAUCUGAAUCCUAAGUACGAUGCAAUCAGAAUCAACCAGCUCUACGAACAGUCGAAAUGGGCUAUUCUUUUGGAAGAAAUUGAGUGCACGGAAGAAGAGAUGAUGAUGUUUGCAGCUUUGCAGUACCACAUCAACAAGCUGUCGAUCAUGUCCUCCGAAAAUCACUUGAACAACAGUGACAAAGAGGUGGAUGAAGUGGAUGCUGCCCUUUCGGACCUGGAGAUUACUCUGGAAGGAGGGAAGACGUCCACAAUUCUGGGUGACAUUACGUCGAUCCCGGAGCUGGCCGACUACAUUAAAGUGUUCAAGCCAAAGAAACUGACACUCAAGGGCUACAAGCAGUAUUGGUGCACCUUCAAAGAUACAUCUAUCUCUUGUUACAAGAGCAAAGAAGAAUCCAGCGGGACUCCAGCUCACCAGAUGAACUUGAGAGGCUGUGAGGUGACUCCCGAUGUCAACAUUUCCGGUCAGAAGUUUAACAUCAAGCUUCUCAUCCCUGUUGCCGAGGGCAUGAAUGAAAUUUGGCUCCGUUGUGAUAACGAAAAGCAGUAUGCGCACUGGAUGGCCGCUUGCCGUCUGGCCUCCAAGGGCAAGACCAUGGCGGACAGCUCGUAUAAUCUGGAAGUCCAGAACAUCUUGUCCUUCCUGAAGAUGCAGCAUCUGAACCCGGAUCCGCAGAUAAUCGCCGAACAGGUCACGCUGGACAUCAAUCCUGAAUGUCUGGUUUCCCCGAGAUACCUGAAGAAAUACAAGAGCAAACAGCCAGGCUAUAUAAGAGAUUUGAUCACGGCCAGGAUCUUAGAGGCCCAUCAGAACGUCGCUCAGAUGAGUCUCAUCGAAGCCAAAAUGAGGUUCAUACAAGCCUGGCAGUCCCUUCCGGAGUUCGGCAUCACGCACUUCAUUGCAAGGUUCCAAGGAGGUAAGAAAGAGGAGCUCAUUGGCAUCGCGUACAACCGGCUGAUACGGAUGGACGCCAGCACCAGCGAUGCCAUCAAGACGUGGCGGUUCAGCAACAUGAAGCAGUGGAACGUGAACUGGGAAAUUAAAAUGGUCACUGUGGAAUUUGCAGACGACGUCCGGGUGUCCUUCAUAUGCACUGAAGUCGAUUGCAAAGUGGUCCACGAGUUCAUCGGCGGCUACAUUUUCUUGUCGACGCGUGCGAAAGACCAGAACGAGAGCCUAGACGAAGAGAUGUUCUAUAAACUGACCAGCGGCUGGGUUUGAGUUCGAAGAGAGAAAACCUCCCUGUUAUACUGACAAAAACUCAAUGGCCAUAUUAAAUAUUUAACUUCAAAAAAAAAAAAGCUGUUAUUUGAAAUAUGCUGCUUAAUCAAGUUAAGCUUGAAGUGUAUCUUUUCUUUUUUAAAAAUAUCAUGGGAAACUUUGCCUUAGCAGACCAGUUUUUUGAUGUAUGUGCACUAACUGGCACUUCCGUUAAUCUGCUAGAACAGCAGCGGCAACAAAAAUUAACGUGGAGUGCAUUAUGCAAAACAUUCAGUGCCUCUGUUUUCCCCCGCCCACUCGGUAAGAAGCGGGGGGGGGGGGCGAUCAGGAUAAUUUCUGACAGAUGUAAGCUAACCCAAAUCAGUAAAACUCUAAGCCAUUUAACUAAAAAGAUACCCAGGGCCUAAUCUAUAUGAAGUCUAUUUAUCAUGUUUAAUGCAUGUUUUGUGGGUUGUGUUUUUUUUUUUAAAUAUAUAUAGAAAAUAUAUAUGUAUAUAUAUAUUGUAAAAUUCACAUUUCAUGUGUUCCAACAUCCUUCGUACUUCAGAGUAGAAUUCCUGGUGUGUGACCCAGGAAGUGCGGUUGUGAUACCCCUUCCCUGGCAGCUCCAGCAGGGUUUGUGCCUGGGCUUUCCCAGCUUUGUGGAAUGUGUCCUCUGACCCCUCGUUGUAUAAUGGGGCCCAUCGCAAGACCUGAAACUGACAAAAAAGCAAUCGUGUGGCCUUGAAAAGGAAAAAAAAAUACACAUCUGUUAGACUUUAAGCAUAUUUGUUAAGUUCUUGUUAACUUUCAUGGAUCAUUUAUAAACUUUGUCUCUCUCUCUCUCUUUCUCCUUUGCCCUCCUUUUUAUUUUUUUUACACCAUAUUGUAUUACAACCAACUUUAGUAUUCACCAGCAUAGCCACUCUCUACCUAAGAUAUGCAAAAAAGAUUUCAUUACAAACAUGAAGUAAAAGGUCUAUGAAGUAUAAGGAAUUUUUGUGGGUCAUGUGUGUAACUAAUGUAAAAAGAAAAACGCAAAUUUUAUAAAAUUGUACAGGUUUUUCUUUUUUUAAUAAAAAUAAAAAAUAAAACUAGUCUCACAAGCCAAAGUAUCCUUGAGCAUAUUGGCCUUAAUAUGUUUUUAAUCUUAAAUUAAAAUCUCAACAAGGCUCGGUUGCCUGGCGUGAGGGAUUCCCAGUUCCAAAAUUAACACUAACAGCCAGGGUUCCCUGAAUUGCCCAGUGCUGAGAUAACCAGUAUUGUGUUGAGUAGUCCAUGACACAAAGACCAUGUAUAAAUGCUUUGUAUUUUAAAUAAAGGUCAAAUCUUUUAUUUAA